AUGAAACUCAGUGCCCUUCUUGGUCUGUUGACCUUUGCGGCGGCGGUCUCUGCUGAUAUAAAGGAUCAGCAAUCCCCUCUUUCUUCGCCUUCCAUCGCCAAUCUGAAGAGCAAGAUCAAGAAUGUUGUCAUCUUGGAAAUGGAAAACCGCUCUGUGGAUAACCUGCUCGGCGGGCAGACUAUCAAGGGACUGGAUAACCCUAUCAAUAACGGCCCUUUCUGCAACCCGUACAACUUGACCGAUCUUUCAGCUGGCACGGUGUGCAGUUCUGCCAAGGAUUUUGACUCUGUUCUAGAUGAUCCUGAUCACUCCGUGACUGGAAACAACAUCGAGUUCUAUGGCAGUUUCGUCCCAAACAAUGCCCACAUUGCCCAGGGCAAGCUCACUCCCACCCAGCAUGGCUUUGUGCAUGAGCAGCUGCGCAGCUAUGGCGACGAUGCCGACAAGGCUUAUCUGGCCAAGCAGGUUAUUAACUACUAUAUCGAGGACGAAGUGCCGGUAAUGACCACGCUGGUGCAGAACUACCUCACCUUCAACCACUGGCAUUCGGAUCACCCCGGUCCUACCAACCCCAACCGGGCCUUUGUACUCUCAGGCACAUCCGCUGGUCACGGAUACAACGAUGAGACCUUCAACCCAGAUGUCCACGGCCUCACUCACCGUUCCAUCUUCCAGCAGCUCUCGGAGACCAACCACACCUGGAAAAACUACUACACAAGUCCUAGUAUGGUUGACGCCUACUUCUUCGACUGGACUUUUACAAGUGGCAACUCCGAUAAAGCAGUCCCCCUGGAUAACUUCUACGCUGAUGCGGCAGCCGGCGCACUCCCGGAAUUCUCCUUCGUUGACCCGUCCUGCUGCGGCGUGGGUACGAACUCCAUGCACCCAACCGGCCUCGUCUCUGAAGGCGAAGCCCUCAUUAAGAACGUGUAUGACGCGGUCCGCUCCAGUCCACAGUGGGAAGAGACGCUCUUGAUCCUCACCUUCGAUGAGACAGGGGGUUUCCACGACCACGUCCCGCCUCCGCUUGCUACCCGCCCGGAUGACCUGACGUACACCGAGAUAGCGCCCAGUGGCGAGAAGUAUACGUUCUCCUUCGACCGUCUCGGUGGUCGCGUCCCGACUCUCUUGAUCUCGCCGUGGGUUGCAAAGGGUCAGGUCGAGCAGAAGGGCAUUAACUCGGAUGGCAAGGUCGUGUCCUACUCUGCUUCUUCAAUCUUGCGUACUCUCGGCUAUCUCUGGGAUUUUGAGCCUUUCACGCCUCGUGUUAAAUCUUCGCCUUCGUUUGAGCAUCUUAUUCAGAACACAGCGCGCACUGAUACCCCUGUCAAGUUGCCUGUGCCAAAGGCCUUUAGAAAGACGGAGAUUUAG